AUGAAAGCACCCAAUUCUUUUCGGAGCCCUAGUCUUUGGUGCGACUUCAACCGCGAUCACAGUCAUAAAACGGAGGACUGUGUCGCAAUAAGGAUCGAGGUCAACGAGCUACUCAAGAAAGGACACCUCCGGGAGUUCCUUUCCGAGAAGGCCAAGAGCCAUCUAAGCAAAAAGACGUCUGGGAAGCCCACUGAUGUUGUUCCCGCUUCGCCACCUCGACAGGACCAAGUAAUCCACAUCAUAUCAGGAGGCUCGAAAAUCAACGGCAUAUGCCAUGCGGCCGCGAAGAAAUUUACUUGGAACGCCAAGCGUGGCCUAGAGGCAGCCAAGCCAAAACACUUGCUUCUGGGUACAGACAAAAUAAGCUUCACAGCCAAGGAACAAGAGAAGGUUCUUGCCCCACAUCAUGAGGUCCUGGUCAUAUCGCUCACUGUAGCAAACUGCCUAGUAAAGAGGAUAUUUGUAGACAAUGGGAGCUCCAGCAAUAUCAUCUUCCAAGCCGCAUAUCAGGACCUGGGUCUAGAAGAAAGCGCUCUGACACGGAGAAUAACUCCACUCAUAAGAUUCAGCGGAAAAGUCAAACAAACCGAUGGAGAAGUCAUCCUCCCAGUAUACGUUGAAGAGAUUAACAUGUCAACCAAGUUCCUCGUUGUUGAGUGCCAAUUAUCUUACAACAUUACCCUGGGACAAUCUUGGAUUCAUGACAUGGGAGUCGUCCCUUCGACUCUUCAUCAGAUGGUUAAAUUCCCAACACCCUGGGGCAUAAGAGCAAUCAGAGGAGACCAAGAGAACUCCCGCUCAUGCUACCAUACUACUCUGAAGGAAAAGACCAAAGUCUUAUAUAUUGGCUUUGAAGAAUAA